AUGAUUUAAAAUUUUAAGCAUGGAGAUAUUUUUCCAUUUUUCUCCCUGGAACAACUCAUUUCCCAAAUUUGACUAUUAGGAUUUGAAGGUAAACUUAAAAGCUUCUCUGCUUAAAUAUCUGAGCACAAUGAAAGAAGUUCUCUAAUACAAAUUUCUUGUUCUUGUCUGUUGUUUCAUAUUUUGGCGUGUACUCAAGGAUCACCUGCAGUAAUAAAUCUCUUUUAAGAUUUCAUUGUUUUACUUCUAAAAUGGCAUGUUAUGUCAUAGCAGUCAAGGAAUACAGAAAAAUGCUGUGGUCUGACUUAUUACAAAAACAACCUUUUUGCAUAAUAAGGGCCUGGAAUUAUGAUGCCCUACAUUUAUUAACAUAGCAUUUUUAUACAGAAAAAAAUAGAAAAACAGAAAACUUAAAGUAUUUAGAUAUUAUACAGUUAGUAAAUUAGAUAGUGUUAAAGAGUAAUAAUAGGGGAGACAUGCUAAUAAGCCAAUAUAUAAUACAAACACAUAUUUAAAGAACACAGAGCCAAAAACAACAACAACAACAACAACAACAACACCAAAACAACAGAAACACAGAGCCAGUAAAUUUUUUGUGUGUAUAAACCUCUUCAGUAUCUUAGUCAUUGCUAUUAUGAUUUUAUGUUUUGUGCUUUUCUGCUCUUAUACAUCAAAUGUAGUUACAAUGAUCCAAUUUGUCCCUCUUCCCACAGAGGGUAGCAUGAAUAAAUUAUACCCCGUGAUGGCAUAUUGUUCUAAAUAAACGUAAACAUAGAAGCAUGUACAUCAAAGCUUUUACUUACAAUAUGGGUCCCCUAAUUGGACAUCUUUAGUAAGAUCCUGGCAAGCCAGAAGCAUAGGAAUGCCUAAUAAUACUAAAUUGAUAUUAAGAUUUGUAUAAAACUUGAAGUGAGGCUGGUUUAGAACACAUACAACAGUGUUGAUUAGAUUUUGUUUGAAUGUACUCUGGACUCUUUUAUCCACUUAUAGCUCAUGAGGUCAUGUUUUUUACACUGUUGUGGAACAUUAACCGUGUCAGUCAUUUCAGGGAUAAUGGGUCCAAACCCACACACAGAACUGAAAACAUGCUUUCUUUGUUUUUGUUUUUGUUUAAUCUUAGAGAGAGAGAGAGAGAGAGAGAGAGAGAGAGAGCACGAAUAGGGGGAGAGAAGUAGAGAGAGCACGAAUAGGGGGAGAGAAGUAAAGGGAGAGAGAGAGAGAGAGAGAGAGAGAGAGAGAAUCUCCAUGCUGAGUGUGGAGUCAGACAUGGGGCUCGAUCCUGUGACCCUGGGAUCAUGACCAGAGCCAAAGUCAAGAGUCAGGUACCCAACUGACUGAGCCAUGCAGGCGCCCCUGAAAACGUGUUUUUAGCUGAUAUUUUCAGAAAGUCAAAUUUCACCUUUUAAUAACUGAUGGUUAGCUCUCCAACAUCAGAAGUACUGAGAGAGUUUGGAAAUGAUAGUUGUUGAUGUUUUUGUUAUUUUUUCCACCUAAAAUGGCAGUAGCACCUUAACAUAGACCCUCAUCGUCUACAGGAGACCACAGUAGUCUAGCGGGAGCUGAUUUCCAGAUCCUGGUUCUGCUGGGGGGGCCCAUGAAGGGCUGAUGACCAGCAGCUCACUAAAUACAUCGCAGACUCAACCAACCUUAGAGGCAGGGCUAGGGUACCAGCAGCUGCAUUUUCAGGGACGGGUAGAACCUAAGUCAUGCUUGGAAAUGUAUUCAAGGACUUGUAAGUUCCAGGUAAUAUUUUUACGAAAAGGAUCUGAUGAUAAUGCAUCCCAUAGUUGGAGGCAUUAAGAAUCAUACAAAUAAUUAGCUCCUUAAAACAAAUGCUUUAAGGUUUAUUUAUUUUUGAGAGCGCAAGAGAGAGACAGAGCACAAGCAGGGGAGGGGCAGGGAGUGAGGGAGACACAGAAUCCGAAGCAGGCUCCAGGCUCUGAGCUGUCAGCACAGAGCCCGACGCAGGACCCGAACUCACUGACUGCGAGAUCAUGACCUGAGCCGAAGUUGGAUGCUUAACGGGCUAAGCCACCUAGGCACCCCACAAAGAAGUAACUCUUAAACUUGUUUUCUUUGUUGUUAGUGUGCAAAUAUUUGAAGGAAACUACGUGGGAUCCAGUAUAUAGUUGUUGAGUAAAUGAAUAAUUAGAGCUUUCAGUUCUUAUUGAAAAUAAGAAAAUAUUAUGCGUGCUACCCUUAGCAUCAAGUGCACUGUACCUCUCAGACAGUAGUCUUCUAACACAUAGGACAGAGUGUUUCUUUCGUGUGAUACUUAAUGGAGAAUUAGCAGGACUAGUUAGAGUAUAGAUGGCUUUCGUGGGAACUAAAAGUCUAUUUGUCUCACAUAAAAUGUCAUUUUUCUACUUUUCUAAAUUGGUACAAUUGAAAGCAAUGCUUAGUUUGCCCAUGUGUCAGAGUCCAAAAAAACGGUUAAUAGGUUAACUUCAAAAAACACUAAGAUUAUUUUUUUCCUGUGUAUGUUCUUGAAAGGGGGCCAGCCUUGAACUACAUUAGCUUGAUUGACUCUUAACCUAGUUGGUCCUGGCGGGAUUCCCAAAGCAUAAUAUGGUUAUACAGCUGAGUCCUUAUAGGUUUAGGUUUGGGAGGCUAAAGGGAAAAUGGACCUUUGUUCUGGGGUCCUGAUACAUCACCCAGCAGUGAUGAUCUUUUUCUCAUUGAAAUUCUCAAGGGAAGUCCAAUAGUCUACCUGAAGCACAGUGUUGUAGAGUGUUGAAGGAAGAACUCUAGAACUGGCUAGUAUUCGGUAUAGCCACUUCAUAAAGUACCAGAAGUUCCCAAUAUCAGAGGAAGUCCCUAAAUAUUUGUUCACUUAAAUUAAAGCAAGGACCAGGCCAAAUUUAACAAAAAUAUUGACACAACUAACCAAAUCAAAAAACAAAAUAAAAAAACACAGAAAAGAACCAAGGUACCUCUUUGAAUCAAUCUCACAUACAUAAUUGUUUUCAUAUACGUUUGUUGAAUGAACAAUUAUCCAAUAUAUGCUCAAGUAUGGAAAUUACACACUUUAUUUUUUUCUGAUUUAGAGGCAAUUGGAGUAGUACCAUUUAAAAUGACACAGAGGGGUGCCUAGCUGGCUCCUUCUGAAGAGAAUGCCACUCUUGAUCUCGGGGUCGUGAGUUCAAGCCCUAUAUCGGGGAUAGAGAUGACUUAAAUAAAUAUAAAAAAUAAAAUGAGACAUUAGAGAAAAAGUAGUGUGGACCAUGUGACAGAAAUUGCAUCCACUUUGUGUUAAUUGUGCUCUCUUAAGUAACAAAGUUAAUUUAGUGUGGGUUAUUUGCAUACUUUUUCAGUUCUAUUAAAACUAAAUCUGCAGCAUAAAUUUGUAUUUAAGUGGUGAGGAAAUCUAUAGUGUAAAAUCUGUAAUUGCCUAGUUGUAUAAAAUCUGUAAUUGGAAUAUCUCCCUUAACCAAUUUGAACAUUUACAUAUGUGUGUGUGUGUGUGUGCGUGUGUGUGUAUGUGUACAUAUUAUUAUAUAAGUGAACUAAAGCAAAGCGUCAGAGUAAAAGGAUCAUUUGCCACUUUUGGGUUAAAUCUAAGGCCUUGUCCUUCAUUUUUAAAAAAUCUUAUUUUGAUUGGUGUGACUGUUAAGUGUUACUCAAGGUCAGUUGUAUUUUGUGGCUGUGGAACCUGUAUGUGGUAUGAAAAGGUAAGCUCCUGUCAGAGUGAUCCACAUUAGGCAAGGUGAAUAAAAUUGUUCUUGGCUACACGAAUCAAACAUUAUUUUAAAAGAAAUGAAUACUUUUCAAAGAGUGCCUAGUUCUGAGAAGGAAUAUGAUUUUGCAAAGUAGAUUUUUCCCUUUCAGCGUAUGAAAAAAGCGAUUCUCCUGUUUUUAAAGCAGGUUUUCUUAUUUGAAUCCCUUUCAAGACCUGUUUUAAGAAUGGUUCUGAGGUCUUUUGAGCAUAACAUGUAAAAAAAAGUUAUCCUAAGGAGUUAUACGGAACAGUAAGAAGCAGGUAUCUUUUGAGUGAAAAGAGCUAUAGUAGUAUAAUAUAUUAACGUACUUUCUUGGGGCACCUGGGUGGCUCAGUUGGUUAAGCGUCCAACUCUUGAUCUUGGCUGAGGCCAUGAUCUCAUGGUUUAUGAGAUAAAGCCCCACAAUGGACUCUGCGUUGACAGCAUGGAGCCUGCUUUGGAUUCUCUCUCUCUCCCCCUCCCCUACUUGUGCACAUUCUGUCUCUUUCUCUAAAUAAAUAAAUAAACUUAAAAAAUAUAUUAAUGUACUUUCUUCACUUCUUGAAGUAUAAAUAAGUCAGUAUCCUCACUCCUUAUCCUAGUAAGCUUUCCCAGUGAUUUGUAAGUAUGCUAAAAUUUGAGAAGCAUUUCUCUAUUUCAUAUUAAAAAAUUUGGACUCUUAAAAAAAAAAAACAGUUGGAAGGCAUGAAACAAUUUCAAACCUGUAGAUGAUUUGAUCCAUUCUGUGCUUUAGGAGUUCUCUUUCAUUGAACAGAUAUUUAUUUAGUCCUUAUUGUGUGCCAGGCAUUUUGCCAGGAACCUGGGGUACAGUGGGUGACUAAGGUACCGUAGUCCCUGCCCAGUGCAGCUCACAAUGUAAUGGGAAAUAGAGACAAUAAACAACUAUAAAUAAGUAAUUACAAAUUCUGGUAAGUACUUACAGUUACCAAAAUCAAGUUCAUUCUUCAAGAACUAGAUCAACUGUCAGGCUCUCAGUAGAGAUUUUUCUUGGUAGCCUUAUUCCAACUUAAACAUUCUUAUCACAGCACUUUGCUUACUUUUAUUUUAUUCCUUCCUAUUAAAUGUUUCCUUGAUAGCAAGAGAGUAUUUUAUUGACGUAGUUAAGUUUACUCUUCUUUUUUUUUUUCUUGUCGACCCUUUCUUCUUUCUACGUAGACUGCUCAAGGUGGUGGUCAUCGAACACUCCUGUACGGACAUGCCAUAUUGCUACGCCAUUCCUAUAGUGGCAUGUAUCUGUGCUGUCUGUCCACCUCCCGGUCUUCAACUGAUAAACUGGCCUUUGACGUUGGCUUGCAAGAGGACACAACAGGUGAGGCUUGUUGGUGGACCAUUCAUCCUGCCUCCAAGCAGAGGUCGGAAGGAGAAAAGGUGCGCGUUGGAGAUGACCUCAUCUUAGUCAGUGUGUCCUCUGAGAGGUACCUGCAUUUGUCUUAUGGCAAUGGCAGCUUACACGUGGAUGCCGCUUUCCAGCAGACUCUCUGGAGCGUGGCCCCAAUCAGCUCAGGAAGUGAAGCCGCCCAAGGGUAUCUAAUUGGUGGUGACGUCCUCAGGUUGCUGCACGGACACAUGGAUGAAUGCCUCACUGUCCCUUCAGGAGAACACGGUGAAGAGCAACGGAGAACUGUUCACUAUGAAGGCGGUGCUGUAUCUGUCCAUGCACGUUCCCUGUGGAGACUAGAGACACUAAGAGUUGCGUGGAGUGGAAGCCACAUAAGAUGGGGCCAGCCCUUCCGACUACGCCAUGUCACAACAGGAAAGUACUUGAGUCUCAUGGAAGACAAAAACCUUCUACUCAUGGACAAAGAAAAGGCUGAUGUAAAGUCAACAGCAUUUACCUUCCGAUCUUCCAAGGAAAAAUUGGAUGUAGGGGUGAGAAAAGAAGUCGAUGGCAUGGGAACAUCAGAAAUAAAAUAUGGAGACUCAGUAUGCUAUAUUCAACAUAUAAAUACUGGCCUGUGGCUUACUUACCAGUCUGUGGAUGUGAAAUCAGUGAGAAUGGGAUCCAUACAACGUAAGGCUAUUAUGCAUCAUGAAGGUCACAUGGAUGACGGCUUAAAUCUCUCUAGAUCUCAGCAUGAAGAAUCACGGACCGCACGAGUCAUCCGGAGCACUGUCUUCCUUUUCAACAGGUUUAUAAGGGGCCUUGAUGCGCUCAGCAAAAAAGUGAAGGCUUCCACAGUAGACCUCCCUAUAGAAUCUGUGAGUCUGAGUCUGCAGGACCUGAUUGGUUACUUCCAUCCCCCCGACGAGCACUUAGAGCAUGAAGACAAACAGAACAGAUUACGGGCUCUAAAGAACCGUCAGAAUCUCUUCCAGGAAGAGGGCAUGAUCAACCUCGUGCUCGAGUGCAUCGACAGGCUGCAUGUCUAUAGCAGUGCGGCGCAUUUCGCGGACGUGGCGGGGAGAGAAGGAGGCGAGGCUUGGAAGUCGAUUCUGAAUUCUCUCUAUGAGUUGCUAGCGGCUCUAAUUAGAGGAAAUCGUAAAAACUGUGCCCAAUUUUCUGGCUCCCUGGACUGGUUGAUCAGCCGAUUGGAAAGACUGGAAGCUUCUUCUGGUAUUCUUGAAGUUUUGCACUGUGUGUUAGUAGAAAGUCCAGAAGCCCUAAAUAUUAUCAAAGAAGGACACAUUAAAUCCAUAAUCUCCCUUUUAGACAAGCAUGGAAGAAACCACAAGGUUCUGGACGUCUUGUGCUCUCUCUGCGUCUGCCACGGAGUAGCGGUCCGUUCCAACCAGCAUCUCAUCUGCGACAAUCUGCUGCCGGGAAGAGAUCUGCUUCUGCAGACACGUCUUGUAAACCACGUUAGCAGCAUGAGACCCAAUAUUUUUCUGGGCGUCAGUGAAGGGUCCGCCCAGUAUAAGAAGUGGUACUAUGAGCUGAUGGUGGACCACACGGAGCCGUUCGUGACUGCCGAAGCCACUCACCUGAGGGUGGGCUGGGCGUCCACCGAAGGGUACUCUCCCUACCCUGGAGGCGGUGAGGAGUGGGGUGGCAAUGGAGUUGGAGACGAUCUCUUUUCCUACGGAUUUGAUGGCCUUCACCUCUGGUCAGGUUGUAUUGCACGUACUGUAAGCUCACCGAAUCAACAUCUCUUGAGAACUGACGAUGUCAUCAGUUGCUGUUUAGAUCUGAGCGCCCCAAGCAUCUCAUUCCGAAUUAACGGGCAACCUGUUCAAGGAAUGUUUGAGAAUUUCAACAUCGAUGGCCUCUUCUUUCCAGUUGUUAGUUUCUCUGCAGGAAUAAAGGUACGCUUUCUGCUUGGGGGGAGACAUGGAGAAUUUAAAUUCCUUCCUCCACCUGGGUAUGCUCCUUGUUAUGAAGCUGUUCUGCCAAAAGAGAAGUUGAAAGUGGAACACAGCAGAGAAUACAAGCAAGAAAGAACUUACACCCGAGACCUGCUGGGCCCCACGGUUUCCCUGACGCAGGCCGCCUUCACACCAAUCCCUGUGGACACCAGCCAGAUUGUGUUACCUCCUCACCUGGAGAGAAUAAGAGAAAAACUGGCAGAGAAUAUCCAUGAACUCUGGGUUAUGAAUAAAAUUGAACUUGGCUGGCAGUAUGGUCCGGUUAGAGAUGACAAUAAGAGACAGCAUCCGUGUCUGGUGGAGUUCUCCAAGCUACCGGAGCAGGAACGCAAUUACAAUUUGCAGAUGUCGCUUGAGACCCUGAAGACUUUGUUGGCAUUAGGAUGUCAUGUGGGAAUAGCAGAUGAACAUGCUGAAGAAAAGGUGAAAAAAAUGAAGCUGCCCAAGAAUUACCAGCUGACAAGUGGGUAUAAGCCUGCCCCGAUGGACCUGAGCUUCAUUAAACUCACGCCGUCUCAGGAAGCGAUGGUGGACAAGUUGGCGGAGAACGCGCACAACGUGUGGGCCCGGGAUCGAAUCCGGCAGGGCUGGACUUACGGCAUCCAGCAGGAUGUAAAGAACAGAAGAAACCCUCGCCUGGUUCCCUACACCCUUCUAGAUGACCGCACCAAGAAGUCCAACAAGGACAGCCUCCGCGAGGCCGUGCGCACGCUGCUGGGAUAUGGCUAUCAUCUGGAGGCGCCAGAUCAAGAUCAUGCUGCCCGAGCCGAAGUGUGUAGCGGCACCGGGGAGAGGUUCCGAAUCUUCCGCGCUGAGAAAACCUAUGCCGUCAAGGCAGGAAGGUGGUAUUUUGAAUUUGAGGCUGUCACUGCUGGAGACAUGAGAGUUGGAUGGAGCAGGCCAGGUUGUCAACCUGACCAAGAGCUGGGCUCAGACGAACGUGCCUUUGCUUUUGAUGGCUUCAAGGCCCAGCGGUGGCACCAGGGCAACGAACACUAUGGGCGCUCUUGGCAAGCGGGCGAUGUUGUGGGAUGCAUGGUGGACAUGACAGAGCACACCAUGAUGUUCACACUGAAUGGCGAAAUCCUUCUGGAUGACUCGGGCUCGGAACUGGCGUUCAAGGACUUCGAUGUUGGUGACGGAUUCAUUCCUGUCUGUAGCCUUGGAGUGGCUCAGGUGGGCAGGAUGAACUUUGGAAAGGAUGUCAGCACCUUGAAAUAUUUCACCAUCUGUGGCUUACAAGAGGGUUACGAACCGUUUGCUGUGAACACGAACAGGGAUAUUACCAUGUGGCUAAGCAAGAGGCUUCCUCAGUUUCUCCAGGUCCCUUCAAACCAUGAGCACAUCGAGGUGACCAGAAUAGAUGGCACCAUCGACAGUUCUCCGUGUUUAAAAGUCACCCAGAAGUCCUUUGGCGCUCAGAACAGCACUGCCGACAUCAUGUUCUAUCGCCUGAGCAUGCCGAUCGAGUGUGCCGAGGUUUUCUCCAAGACGGUGGCAGGCGGGCUCCCAGGCGCCGGCCUCUUUGGGCCCAAGAAUGAUCUGGAGGAUUACGAUGCGGAUUCUGACUUUGAGGUUCUAAUGAAGACCGCUCAUGGCCAUCUGGUGCCAGACCGUGUUGACAAAGACAAGGAAGCCACAAAACCAGAGUUUAAUAACCACAAAGACUAUGCUCAGGAAAAGCCCUCUCGUCUGAAACAAAGAUUUUUGCUUAGAAGAACAAAGCCAGAUUAUAGCACGAGCCAUUCUGCAAGGCUCACCGAAGAUGUCCUUGCAGAUGAUCGGGAUGAUUAUGAUUACUUGAUGCAAACGUCCACGUACUAUUACUCAGUGAGAAUCUUUCCCGGCCAAGAACCUGCUAACGUCUGGGUGGGCUGGAUUACAUCAGAUUUCCAUCAGUAUGAUACAGGCUUUGACUUGGACAGAGUUCGUACAGUAACCGUUACUCUAGGAGAUGAAAAGGGAAAAGUACACGAAAGCAUCAAACGCAGCAACUGCUAUAUGGUGUGCGCGGGCGAGAGCAUGAGCCCAGGGCAAGGACGCAACAAUAAUGGCCUGGAGAUCGGGUGCGUGGUGGAUGCUGCCAGUGGGCUUCUCACAUUCACCGCCAACGGCAAGGAGCUGAGCACCUACUACCAGGUGGAGCCAAGUACGAAAUUAUUUCCUGCAGCUUUUGCCCAAGCUACAAGUCCCAACGUUUUCCAGUUUGAGCUGGGAAGAAUCAAGAAUGUGAUGCCUCUCUCCGCGGGAUUAUUCAAGAGUGAGCACAAAAACCCUGUGCCACAGUGUCCCCCGCGUCUCCACGUGCAGUUUCUGUCCCACGUCCUGUGGAGCAGAAUGCCCAACCAGUUCCUGAAGGUAGAUGUGUCUCGAAUAAGUGAGCGCCAAGGCUGGCUGGUGCAGUGUUUGGAUCCUCUGCAGUUCAUGUCUCUCCAUAUCCCGGAGGAGAACAGAUCUGUGGACAUACUGGAGCUGACAGAGCAGGAAGAGCUGCUGAAAUUCCACUACCACACGCUCCGGCUUUACUCCGCCGUCUGCGCCCUCGGGAACCACCGGGUGGCGCAUGCGUUGUGCAGCCACGUGGAUGAACCCCAGCUGCUCUACGCCAUCGAGAACAAGUACAUGCCCGGUUUGCUGCGGGCCGGCUACUAUGACCUGCUGAUUGACAUCCACCUGAGCUCCUACGCCACUGCCAGGCUCAUGAUGAACAGUGAGUUCAUCGUGCCCAUGACGGAGGAGACCAAAAGCAUCACCCUCUUCCCUGAUGAGAACAAAAAGCACGGCCUCCCCGGGAUUGGCCUCAGCACCUCCCUCAGGCCACGGAUACAGUUCUCCUCCCCCAGUUUUGUGAGCAUCAAUAACGAAUGCUACCAAUACAGUCCAGAGUUCCCGCUGGACAUCCUGAAGGCCAAAACCAUUCAGAUGCUGACAGAAGCUGUUAAAGAGGGCAGCCUGCAUGCCCGGGACCCCGUGGGGGGCACCACUGAAUUUCUCUUUGUACCUCUCAUCAAGCUUUUCUAUACUCUGCUCAUCAUGGGGAUCUUCCACAAUGAGGACUUAAAACACAUCUUGCAGCUGAUAGAGCCCAGUGUGUUCAAGGAAGCCGCCACUCCGGAAGAAGACACUGAGGCUCUGGAGAAAGAGCCCUCCAUGGAAGACUCCAAGCCAGAAGGAGCUGGAGAAGAAGAAGCCAAAGGGGGUAAGAGGCCCAAGGAAGGACUGCUCCAAAUGAAACUGCCUGAGCCAGUUAAAUUGCAGAUGUGUCUGCUGCUCCAGUACCUCUGUGACUGCCAGGUCCGACACCGGAUAGAAGCCAUCGUGGCCUUUUCAGAUGACUUUGUAGCCAAGCUCCAAGACAAUCAGCGCUUCCGUUACAACGAAGUUAUGCAAGCUUUAAACAUGUCGGCCGCGCUCACUGCCAGGAAGACAAAGGAAUUUCGAUCCCCACCUCAGGAACAGAUCAAUAUGCUUCUCAAUUUUAAGGAUGACAAAAGUGAAUGUCCAUGUCCUGAAGAAAUCCGAGACCAGCUCUUAGAUUUUCACGAAGAUUUGAUGACACAUUGUGGAAUUGAGCUGGAUGAAGAUGGGUCUCUUGAUGGAAACAGUGACUUAACAAUUAGAGGACGCCUGCUGUCCUUGGUAGAAAAGGUGACAUACCUGAAGAAGAAACAAGCCGAAAAACCAGUUGAGAGUGGCUCCAAGAAGUCCUCUACUCUUCAGCAGUUGAUUUCUGAGACCAUGGUCCGAUGGGCGCAAGAGUCUGUCAUUGAAGACCCUGAACUGGUGAGGGCCAUGUUUGUGUUGCUCCAUCGACAGUACGAUGGCAUUGGGGGUCUGGUCCGGGCUCUGCCAAAGACCUACACUAUAAAUGGUGUCUCCGUGGAGGAUACCAUCAACCUGCUGGCAUCUCUCGGUCAGAUUCGUUCUCUGCUGAGUGUAAGAAUGGGCAAAGAAGAAGAGAAGCUUAUGAUUCGUGGAUUAGGGGAUAUCAUGAAUAAUAAAGUAUUUUACCAGCACCCUAAUCUCAUGAGGGCACUUGGGAUGCACGAGACGGUGAUGGAGGUCAUGGUGAAUGUCCUUGGAGGUGGAGAGUCCAAGGAAAUCACUUUUCCCAAGAUGGUGGCCAACUGUUGCCGUUUUCUUUGUUACUUCUGUCGUAUAAGUCGGCAGAAUCAAAAAGCUAUGUUUGACCAUCUCAGCUAUUUAUUGGAGAACAGCAGUGUUGGUCUUGCCUCACCAGCAAUGAGAGGUUCAACACCAUUGGAUGUGGCAGCCGCAUCAGUGAUGGAUAAUAAUGAACUGGCCUUAGCUCUGCGUGAGCCAGAUUUGGAAAAGGUAGUUCGAUAUUUGGCUGGUUGUGGACUGCAGAGUUGCCCGAUGCUGGUAUCUAAGGGUUACCCAGAUAUUGGGUGGAAUCCAGUUGAAGGAGAGAGAUACCUUGACUUUCUCCGAUUUGCUGUCUUCUGUAAUGGGGAGAGUGUGGAGGAGAAUGCUAAUGUUGUGGUGAGGUUGCUCAUCCGGAGGCCCGAGUGUUUCGGUCCUGCUUUGAGAGGGGAAGGUGGGAACGGUCUUCUUGCAGCAAUGGAAGAAGCCAUAAAAAUAGCCGAGGAUCCCUCUCGAGAUGGUCCCUCACCAACUAGCGGAUCCAGUAAAACACUUGAGACAGAAGAGGAGGAGGAUGACACUAUCCACAUGGGGAAUGCCAUCAUGACGUUUUAUGCAGCUUUGAUUGACCUCUUAGGACGCUGUGCUCCUGAAAUGCAUUUGAUUCAUGCUGGUAAGGGGGAAGCCAUCAGAAUCCGGUCAAUUCUGAGAUCCCUAAUUCCACUGGGAGAUUUGGUGGGAGUAAUCAGCAUUGCUUUUCAGAUGCCAACAAUAGCCAAAGAUGGGAAUGUGGUGGAGCCUGACAUGUCUGCGGGGUUUUGCCCAGAUCACAAGGCAGCCAUGGUUUUGUUCCUUGACAGGGUCUAUGGCAUUGAGGUUCAAGAUUUCCUCCUCCAUCUUCUCGAGGUUGGCUUUCUGCCUGAUCUCCGGGCUGCUGCUUCUUUAGAUACGGCUGCUUUGAGUGCCACAGACAUGGCCCUGGCCCUCAAUCGGUACCUUUGCACAGCCGUGUUGCCUUUGUUAACAAGAUGUGCCCCUCUUUUUGCGGGCACAGAACACCACGCUUCUCUCAUUGACUCGUUACUGCACACUGUGUACAGACUUUCGAAGGGCUGCUCACUUACCAAAGCUCAGCGGGAUUCCAUAGAAGUUUGUUUGCUCUCUAUUUGUGGCCAAUUGAGACCUUCUAUGAUGCAGCACUUGCUCCGAAGAUUAGUGUUUGAUGUCCCAUUAUUAAAUGAACAUGCGAAGAUGCCUCUUAAGUUGCUGACAAAUCAUUAUGAAAGAUGCUGGAAAUAUUACUGCCUGCCUGGAGGGUGGGGGAACUUCGGAGCUGCCUCAGAAGAAGAACUUCAUUUAUCAAGAAAGUUGUUUUGGGGCAUUUUUGACGCCCUGUCUCAAAAGAAAUAUGAACAAGAACUUUUCAAACUGGCACUGCCUUGCCUGAGUGCCGUUGCGGGAGCUUUGCCUCCAGACUACAUGGAGUCAAAUUAUGUCAGUAUGAUGGAAAAACAGUCAUCAAUGGAUUCUGAAGGGAACUUUAACCCACAACCUGUUGAUACCUCAAACAUUACAAUUCCUGAGAAGUUGGAAUACUUCAUUAACAAAUAUGCUGAACAUUCUCAUGACAAAUGGUCAAUGGACAAGUUGGCAAAUGGAUGGAUUUAUGGAGAAAUAUAUUCAGACUCGUCUAAAGUUCAGCCGUUAAUGAAGCCAUAUAAACUAUUAUCUGAAAAGGAAAAAGAAAUUUAUCGCUGGCCAAUCAAAGAAUCUUUAAAAACCAUGCUGGCAUGGGGUUGGAGGGUUGAGAGAACACGGGAGGGAGACAGCAUGGCCCUCUACAACCGUUCUCGUCGUAUUUCGCAGACAAGCCAGGUUUCUGUUGAUGCUGCGCAUGGUUAUAGCCCCCGAGCCAUUGAUAUGAGCAAUGUCACACUGUCCAGAGACCUGCACGCUAUGGCAGAAAUGAUGGCUGAAAACUACCAUAAUAUAUGGGCAAAGAAAAAGAAAAUGGAGCUGGAGUCCAAAGGAGGUGGAAACCAUCCCCUGCUGGUACCCUAUGAUACACUGACAGCCAAAGAGAAAGCCAAGGAUAGGGAAAAAGCACAGGACAUCCUCAAGUUCUUACAGAUCAAUGGAUAUGCUGUAUCCAGGGGAUUCAAGGACCUGGAAUUGGACACACCUUCCAUUGAGAAACGAUUUGCCUAUAGUUUCCUUCAGCAACUCAUUCGCUAUGUGGAUGAAGCCCAUCAGUAUAUCCUGGAGUUUGAUGGUGGCAGCAGAAGCAAGGCGGAACAUUUUCCUUACGAGCAAGAAAUCAAGUUCUUUGCUAAAGUUGUGCUUCCUUUAAUUGAUCAGUAUUUCAAAAACCAUCGUUUAUACUUCUUAUCUGCAGCAAGCAGACCCCUCUGUUCUGGAGGACAUGCGUCAAACAAGGAGAAAGAAAUGGUGACGAGCCUAUUCUGCAAACUUGGAGUUCUUGUCAGGCAUAGGAUUUCACUAUUUGGAAAUGAUGCCACAUCAAUUGUCAACUGUCUUCAUAUUUUGGGUCAGACUUUGGAUGCAAGGACCGUCAUGAAGACUGGCCUGGAGAGUGUUAAAAGUGCGCUCAGAACGUUUCUGGACAAUGCGGCGGAGGAUCUGGAGAAGACGAUGGAGAAUCUCAAGCAGGGCCAGUUCACCCACACCCGAAACCAACCCAAAGGUGUUACUCAGAUUAUCAAUUAUACCACGGUGGCUCUGUUGCCAAUGCUGUCAUCAUUAUUUGAGCAUAUUGGCCAGCAUCAGUUCGGAGAAGAUCUAAUAUUGGAAGAUGUACAGGUGUCAUGUUAUAGAAUUCUGACUAGCUUAUAUGCUUUGGGAACCAGCAAAAGUAUUUAUGUGGAAAGGCAACGCUCUGCAUUAGGAGAAUGUCUUGCUGCUUUUGCUGGUGCCUUUCCUGUCGCAUUUUUGGAAACUCAUCUCGACAAACAUAACAUCUACUCUAUCUACAAUACCAAGUCAUCGCGAGAAAGAGCAGCUCUGAAUUUGCCAACUAACGUGGAAGAUGUGUGCCCAAAUAUACCGUCUUUGGAGAAACUCAUGGAAGAAAUUGUGGAAUUAGCGGAGUCCGGCAUUCGCUACACGCAGAUGCCACACGUCAUGGAAGUCAUACUGCCCAUGCUUUGCAGCUACAUGUCUCGUUGGUGGGAGCACGGACCUGAAAAUAAUCCAGAAAGGGCUGAAAUGUGCUGUACCGCCCUGAACUCCGAGCACAUGAACACGCUCUUGGGGAAUAUAUUGAAAAUCAUAUAUAAUAACCUGGGAAUUGAUGAGGGAGCCUGGAUGAAGAGGUUAGCAGUAUUUUCACAGCCCAUUAUAAAUAAAGUGAAACCUCAGCUCCUGAAAACUCAUUUCUUGCCAUUAAUGGAGAAACUCAAGAAAAAAGCAGCGAUGGUGGUGUCGGAGGAGGACCAUCUGAAAGCUGAGGCCAGGGGGGAUAUGUCCGAGGCAGAGCUUCUCAUUCUUGAUGAGUUCACCACUCUGGCCAGAGACCUCUAUGCCUUCUACCCGCUCUUGAUUAGAUUUGUGGACUAUAACAGGGCAAAGUGGCUAAAAGAACCUAACCCAGAAGCAGAGGACCUUUUCCGCAUGGUGGCCGAAGUGUUUAUCUACUGGUCAAAAUCCCACAAUUUCAAAAGAGAAGAGCAGAACUUUGUGGUACAGAAUGAAAUCAACAAUAUGUCUUUCCUUAUCACGGACACCAAGUCAAAGAUGUCAAAGGCCGCUGUCUCUGAUCAGGAAAGGAAGAAGAUGAAGCGCAAAGGAGAUCGGUACUCCACGCAGACCUCUCUCAUUGUGGCAGCUCUGAAGCGGUUGCUGCCCAUUGGGUUGAACAUCUGUGCCCCUGGGGACCAGGAGCUCAUCGCUCUGGCCAAAAACCGAUUUAGUAUGAAAGACACUGAGGAUGAAGUACGAGAUAUAAUCCGCAGUAAUAUUCAUUUACAAGGCAAGUUGGAGGAUCCUGCUAUCAGAUGGCAAAUGGCUCUUUACAAAGACUUACCGAACAGGACUGAAGAUACAUCAGAUCCAGAGAAGACCGUAGAGAGAGUAUUAGAUAUAGCAAAUGUGCUUUUUCAUCUUGAGCAGAAAUCUACAUCUAUGCACCGGAGAUAUUACAGUCUGGUGGAGCACCCACAGAGAUCGAAGAAAGCUGUAUGGCACAAACUUCUGUCCAAGCAGAGGAAGAGGGCAGUGGUGGCCUGCUUCCGAAUGGCUCCUUUAUAUAAUCUGCCAAGGCACCGGGCCGUUAACCUCUUUCUUCAGGGAUACGAAAAGUCUUGGAUUGAAACAGAAGAACACUACUUUGAAGAUAAGCUGAUAGAAGAUUUAGCAAAACCUGGAGCAGACCCUCCAGAGGAAGAGGAAGGCACGAAGAGAGUCGAUCCCCUCCAUCAGCUCAUCCUUCUGUUUAGUCGAACAGCUUUAACAGAGAAAUGCAAACUGGAGGAAGAUUUUUUAUAUAUGGCUUAUGCAGAUAUUAUGGCAAAGAGUUGUCAUGAUGAGGAAGAUGAUGAUGGUGAAGAAGAAGUGAAGAGUUUUGAAGUCACAGGAUCCCAACGCAGCAAGGAAAAAGAAAUGGAGAAGCAGAAGCUUCUGUACCAGCAAGCCAGGCUCCAUGACCGCGGGGCUGCUGAGAUGGUGCUACAGACCAUCAGUGCCAGCAAAGGUGAUACUGGACCAAUGGUAGCGGCGACUUUGAAACUUGGAAUUGCAAUCUUAAAUGGCGGGAACUCCACAGUUCAGCAGAAAAUGCUUGACUAUCUCAAGGAGAAGAAGGACGUGGGUUUCUUUCAGAGCCUUGCCGGCCUGAUGCAGUCGUGCAGCGUCCUCGACCUAAAUGCAUUUGAGCGGCAGAACAAAGCUGAAGGACUUGGAAUGGUCACUGAAGAAGGAUCAGGAGAAAAGGUUCUCCAAGAUGAUGAGUUCACGUGUGACCUCUUCCGUUUCCUCCAGCUGCUUUGUGAGGGACACAACUCAGAUUUUCAAAAUUAUCUGAGAACUCAGACUGGCAAUAACACAACUGUCAACAUCAUCAUCUCUACCGUAGACUACCUACUCAGAGUCCAGGAAUCCAUUAGUGAUUUCUAUUGGUAUUACUCUGGGAAAGAUGUUAUUGAUGAACAAGGACAACGGAAUUUCUCCAAAGCAAUUCAAGUAGCAAAACAAGUCUUUAACACGCUCACAGAGUAUAUUCAGGGUCCCUGCACUGGGAAUCAGCAGAGCUUGGCCCACAGCAGGCUAUGGGACGCGGUUGUGGGCUUCCUUCACGUAUUCGCCCACAUGCAGAUGAAGCUGUCUCAGGAUUCCAGUCAAAUCGAGCUAUUAAAAGAAUUAAUGGAUCUUCAGAAGGAUAUGGUGGUCAUGUUGCUGUCCAUGCUAGAAGGUAAUGUUGUCAAUGGAACCAUUGGCAAACAGAUGGUCGAUAUGCUUGUGGAGUCUUCCAACAACGUGGAGAUGAUUCUCAAGUUUUUUGACAUGUUCUUAAAACUAAAGGAUUUGACCUCUUCUGACACAUUUAAAGAAUACGACCCUGACGGCAAGGGAGUCAUUUCCAAGAGGGACUUCCAUAAAGCGAUGGAGAGCCAUAAACACUACACGCAAUCAGAAACCGAGUUUCUUCUGUCCUGUGCAGAGACGGAUGAAAACGAAACCCUGGACUAUGAAGAGUUUGUCAAAAGGUUUCACGAGCCCGCAAAGGACAUCGGCUUCAACGUGGCCGUUCUUCUGACCAACCUUUCGGAGCACAUGCCCAAUGAUACGCGACUGCAGACUUUCCUGGAGUUGGCAGAGAGCGUGCUGAAUUACUUCCAGCCCUUUCUGGGCCGCAUCGAGAUCAUGGGAAGUGCCAAACGCAUCGAGAGGGUGUAUUUUGAAAUCAGUGAGUCCAGCCGAACCCAGUGGGAGAAGCCCCAGGUCAAGGAGUCCAAAAGGCAGUUCAUAUUUGACGUGGUCAACGAAGGGGGAGAAAAGGAGAAAAUGGAACUUUUUGUCAACUUCUGUGAGGACACCAUAUUCGAAAUGCAGCUGGCAGCGCAGAUCUCAGAGUCGGAUUUGAAUGAGAGGUCAGCAAAUAAAGAAGAGAGUGAGAAGGAGAAGCCAGAAGAGCAGGGGCCCAGAAUGGGUUUCUUUUCCAUCGUGACGGUCAAGUCGGCCCUGUUUGCUCUCAGGUAUAAUAUCUUGACCCUCAUGAGAAUGCUCAGCCUGAAGAGCCUGAAGAAACAGAUGAAAAAGGUGAAGAAGAUGACGAUGAAGGAUAUGGUCACGGCCGCCUUUUCGUCCUACUGGAGUAUUUUCAUGAGCCUCCUGCACUUUGUGGCCAGCGUUUCCAGAGGCUUCUUCCGCAUCAUUUGCAGCCUGCUGCUUGGCGGGAGCCUAGUAGAAGGAGCAAAAAAGAUCCGAGUGGCAGAGCUCUUAGCCAACAUGCCAGACCCCACUCAGGAUGAGGUGAGAGGGGAUGGAGAAGAGGGGGACAGGAGGCCCAUGGAGGCUGCCCUGCCCUCGGAAGAUCUGACAGACCUGAAGGAACUGACAGAGGAAAGCGACCUUCUUUCGGACAUAUUUGGCUUGGAUCUGAAGAGAGAAGGAGGACAGUACAAACUUAUUCCUCAUAAUCCAAACGCUGGCCUCAGCGAUCUAAUGAGCAACCCGGUCCCUAUCCCUGACGUGCAAGAAAAAUUUCAGGAACAGAAGGUGAAAGAGGAAGAAAAGGAGGAGAAAGAAGAAAGCAAAUCUGAACCUGAAAAGGCCGAGGGAGAAGAUGGAGAAAAAGAAGAAAAAGCCAAAGAAGAUAAGGGUAAACAGAAGUUGAGGCAGCUCCACACACACAGAUACGGAGAGCCAGAAGUUCCCGAGUCGGCAUUCUGGAAGAAAAUCAUCGCAUAUCAACAGAAACUUCUAAACUAUUUUGCUCGCAACUUUUACAACAUGAGAAUGUUAGCCUUAUUCGUCGCGUUUGCAAUCAAUUUCAUCUUGCUCUUUUAUAAGGUCUCCACUUCUUCUGUGGUUGAAGGAAAGGAGCCCCCCACUCGCAGUUCAAGUGGAAAUGCCAAAGUUAGCAGCCUGGACAGUGGCUCGCCUAGAAUCAUGGCGGUUCACUACGUCCUGGAGGAGAGCAGCGGCUACAUGGAGCCCACGCUGCGGAUCUUAGCCAUUCUUCACACGGUCAUUUCUUUCUUCUGCAUCAUCGGCUACUACUGCUUGAAAGUCCCAUUGGUUAUUUUUAAGCGAGAAAAGGAAGUAGCUCGAAAAUUGGAAUUUGAUGGGCUUUAUAUUACAGAACAGCCUUCAGAAGAUGAUAUUAAAGGCCAGUGGGAUAGACUCGUAAUCAACACACAGUCAUUUCCCAACAACUACUGGGACAAAUUUGUUAAAAGAAAGGUUAUGGAUAAAUAUGGGGAGUUCUAUGGCCGGGACAGAAUCAGCGAGCUCCUUGGUAUGGACAAAGCCGCCCUAGAUUUCAGCGAUGCCCGGGAAAAGAAGAAGCCAAAGAAAGACAGCUCCCUGUCAGCCGUACUGAACUCUAUUGAUGUGAAGUAUCAGAUGUGGAAACUAGGAGUCGUCUUCACGGACAACUCUUUCCUCUACCUGGCCUGGUAUAUGACUAUGUCCGUUCUGGGACACUAUAACAACUUUUUUUUUGCUGCUCAUCUUCUUGACAUUGCCAUGGGAUUCAAGACACUGAGAACCAUCUUGUCAUCGGUAACUCACAAUGGCAAGCAGCUUGUAUUAACUGUUGGCUUGUUAGCUGUUGUUGUAUACCUAUAUACUGUUGUGGCAUUCAACUUUUUCCGAAAAUUCUACAAUAAAAGUGAAGAUGGUGACACACCGGAUAUGAAAUGUGAUGAUAUGUUAACGUGCUACAUGUUCCACAUGUACGUCGGGGUACGUGCCGGAGGGGGUAUCGGCGAUGAAAUCGAAGACCCAGCAGGCGACGAAUAUGAGAUCUAUCGAAUCAUCUUUGACAUCACCUUCUUCUUCUUCGUGAUUGUCAUCCUCUUGGCCAUAAUUCAAGGUUUAAUUAUUGAUGCUUUUGGAGAGCUAAGAGACCAACAGGAGCAAGUCAAAGAAGACAUGGAGACCAAAUGUUUCAUCUGUGGGAUAGGCAACGAUUACUUCGACACAGUGCCACAUGGCUUUGAAACCCACACUUUACAGGAACACAACCUGGCCAAUUACCUGUUUUUUCUGAUGUAUCUCAUAAACAAAGAUGAAACAGAGCACACGGGACAGGAAUCUUAUGUCUGGAAGAUGUAUCAAGAAAGAUGCUGGGAAUUCUUCCCAGCAGGGGAUUGUUUCCGGAAACAGUAUGAAGACCAGCUAAAUUAAACUCAGACUCCGGUCACCUCUGAAAACCAAAACAUACACAUUCACUCUUUGUUUCGGUCUCUCUGUGUCUGACUCUGUCUCUCUUUCUCUCUGCUCUCUUGGAGACAUCCUGCUGAAUUUGUGAAUUGCCAGCAUUAUAUGCUUUCUGGGAGCAGUGAACUCUGUUUCUGAAGACCCGACUGUGCUUUUUCCCCCCCACCUUGUGUAUUUUCUUUGAGAAUAAAGACUGAAGAAUAUUCUAAAUUCAUACACAGACAACAUAGGAACUCUGGAAAGGACACCAUUUCGGACACUCUCAGUCAUAACGCAAAUGGACCGAUUUCCUUCUGAGACUCCUGGAAGUCCCCUUGAGCUAUGGGACAGUCACAGAGACGCGUGACAGCCACACUCAUCCGGCCCCUUUAUUUCACCAUCCUGAGAGGAACUCUCUAAUGGUCACAGAGCACUGUAGCACUUAAGAGAUUGCCGUGGACACCACUUACGAAGGGAAAUAGUGCCUUACUAUAUGUGGGUUGAGCUAUGCAGAAGAUGUGUGCAUGAAAAAAAACAUCUUUAUUUUCUUCAUGUCGAUCUUUUUUUUCUCAGAUUGAUUUUGUGUUUUUUUUUUUUCCCUUUAUUCUUUUCUCUGGUGGGGGAGGGUAAGAAAAGCAGUUUGCGUGCACCUUUUUAAAAAAAAAAGACGGGUGGCCUGUCUCAGGACGAGAGGAGGCUCUUCUCAUUCACUAAAUUUACAUUUACCCUCCCCAUGUGAUCGUGCUCUUAUUUUGGUAAUGCUCUGGUGCAACACUGCGACUUUAUGAAAUCUUUGUAUGAAAACACAAAGACUGCAAAAAAAAAAAAAAACACUUUCAAAAGAAAUAAUUCAUUGCAUGUUUAUUAUGCAAGUUUAAAAAGAACAAAGAAAACCUCCAGAAGCAAGUUGAUGAACGUGAGAGACCUUUCAUGAUAAUUCUACUCAUAGUAAUAAAGUGUCGUGGGCUUAAUUGUAUAUUUGGAGCCAGUGUCAUCCACCAACAAUGUGAUACAUUAUGAACUUGACAGUAGUUUUGGGUUUUUCUCUUUCUUUUGGCCACCUGUGAUCAGUUGCUGAUUAAGGACUUCUUGUCCGGCCAUUUUUUUAAUAUCAAAGCUGAAGCAAUAUCCAUUCAGGGAGUUCAUCAGAUGCAUCAAAAACCACGGGUGAUAAUUACCAGUCACUCCAUUUUGAGUCCUUUUAAAUGUAAUGCUUAUCUUUACAAAUAAAAAGACAGAUUCAGAAUGGAAGCAAGAUCAUUUUGCAAACAUUGGAGCUCUUUUAUUACAAGUCUGCUUGUUAAUUUUAGAAUUGGAAAACUGCUCUGAUUAAACUAUUUAACUAACUUUCUCACUCUCUUCUUUCUCCAUUUCAUGUAUAGUUGGGAGGCAUUAUAAAACCUUGAGCUGUUAACUUGAGAGGGGU